UAUUUCAGAAAGUAAUUGAAUAAGAAUUGGAGCCAAAACCAGGAAAGGACGUUUUCUACAAACUUUUUGUUUAGUUUUUUUUUUUUUUUUUUUUACCCCAGAUACUACCUCUACAUCUGGAAAUAUGGGGGCCACAGGUUAUGGAUACUACCGCACGGUCAUCUUCUUCUCUAUGUUCAUUGGCUACUCAUUGUACUACUUAAACAGGAAGACCUUUUCCUUCGUCAUGCCCUCAGUGAUGGAGGAGAUCGAACUGGACAAGGAUGACCUGGGCAUGAUUGCAAGUAGCCAAACCAUGGCUUAUGCCAUCAGCAAGUUCAUCAGUGGUGUGCUGUCAGACCAGAUCAGUGCUCGCUGGCUCUUCUCCAUUGGACUCUUUGUGGUGGGAGUUAUCAACGUGGCUUUCUCCUGGUCCUCUACUGUGGCCAUGUUUUCUGUGCUGUGGUUCAUCAAUGGUCUAGGCCAGGGCCUGGGCUGGCCUCCAUGUGGGAAGGUGCUGCGCAAGUGGUUUGAGCCUUCCCAGUUUGGGACGUGGUGGGCGGUGUUGUCCUGCAGCAUGAACCUGGCGGGGGGCCUGGGGCCUCUCCUUGCAACAGUCCUGCUGCAGUACUAUGACUGGAGGGCCAUUCUGGCCAUGUCUGGCACCUUCUGUGCUUCCUUCUCAUUCAUCUGCUUGGUGUUUGUUAAGAAUGAGCCCAAAGAUGUGGGUCUGCCCAGUGUCGAGGCUGCUGCCAAGAAGGGGGGCAAGGGAGCGGUCAACAGUGAGAGCACCCUGAGAGAGUUCCUGCUCUCUCCAUACUUGUGGGUUCUGUCCCUGGGCUAUCUGGUGGUGUUUGGGGUGAAGACGGCUGCCACCGACUGGGGUCAGCUCUUCCUCAUCCAGGAGAAGGGCCAGACUGCCCUCAUGAGCAGCUCCUACAUGAGUGCCCUUGAGAUGGGAGGUCUCGUGGGCAGUCUUGCAGCCGGUCUACUGUCUGACAGGGCUGUAGCUAAAAAAGGUUUGAGUACCCAUGGAAACCCUCGCCAUGCCCUGUUGCUGUCCAUGAUGGCUGGCAUGUUUGUCUCUAUGUACCUGUUCAGGGUCACAAUCACAACAGAGGAUCCUGAGGAAGCUCCUAUUUGGGCCCAGGUACUCCAUCCUAUAUCUGUGCUCAUUGGCCUGUCAGAGAAAGAGAUCUGGAUCCUCUCUUUGGGUGCCAUGUUUGGAUUCUCUUGCUAUGGACCAAUAGCUUUGUUUGGUGUUAUAGCCAAUGAGAGUGCUCCAUCAAACUACUGCGGGACAUCCCAUGCCAUUGUAGCACUCAUGGCCAAUGUUGGGGCUUUCCUGGCCGGACUCCCAUUCAGCACCAUUGCUAAACACCACAGCUGGGACAUGGCGUUCUGGGUGGCUGAGGUGGCCUGUGGCCUGAUGACUGUCAGCUUCUUCUUCCUGCGCAACAUGCGAACCAAAAUGGGCCGGAUACCCGAGAAAAUUGACUGAUUGCCAAGUCACCGGAGACAGUAAAAUACAAUGUUAUGAGAUGGUCAGCCUAGUGGGGCUGUAUACUUGUAUACCGUAUAAAACGCUUCUUGCUCUUCAAGGCACAACACUGUCAAUGUGAUCUCAUCUCAAGACACGAUUGUAAAUGUUUUAAUCUCUAGAAGUCACUUGAGUAAGAAUGUUAACUUUGUAGAUGUUCAAAAUGUUCCACUUUUGAAUCACUUUUGAUACACAUGAAAACUAAAGUUUGAAGUCUCCACAUUGAACACCACACAGUUUUAUUAAAAAGCCACAAGGCAAUGUUUUUGUUUGUAAAUAGAAAGUAAAGUAUGUUAGCUGGCACGGACAAAGGUUAUAUUUUAUUAUAUUAUUUCCUCUAGUGGUGCUUGAGAAGGACCUUCUGUUCUCCCGCUUAUUGAAGGAUCCUUGUGAAUGUUUAUAAUUUCAGCUGUCAUUUGUCUUUUACAAGUAAUUUUUAUUACUGUGUGUUUAUCAAGAGACAUUACAGAUGAUGAACUAGCUGAAAUAUAAGUACACUGUAAAUAUGUGCUAGUCAUCGCAUAGUUUGCCUUCAGUGGAGGCCAAUUGUCUUGGAGUUAUUCAGUGUCUCAUCAAUGGGUUGGCUCAAUCAAGCCUGUACAGUAGACCAAGGAAAUGCCACUGUGUUACAUGUUCUCAGUAACUAUGCACAUCAAAUUUUUAGGUAUUUUCUUAAAAGAGCACUAUUAGAUUGUACUAAUAUGACAUUGUUAUGUGGUCUAUUUAGUUUAAUCAAAACGAAUUCAACAUCUUAGUUUAAAAAAUGUGUACUGAUAUGAAGGAAAACAUUCUGUAUUGUUUGUUACCUAAUACCCUUCUGUUUCUGAUUGUCAUUGUUGUUAGAACAUUUUGACAUGAACUGGAGUCUUAAAUCUUCAUAUUUUUAUCUUGUGUUAAUUUGACACCAUCUCCAAUAAUUUGCUAGUUUGAGGGAAAUAAUCAUAUUCUCACUAUGCAUUACAAUUCGGGUAUGUUUUAAUGUACUGGAAUAAAUACAAACUCUGGUC